UUUUGUUUCUUUUUCCCUCUUUUUCACCAUAUACCUCCUCCUUCUCUUAGCAUCUGUGCACAGAGAGCACUUAAUUACACACAAAGCAGUAAGCAGAGCCAAAAAUAGAAAAACUGAGAAUGUAAUGGAGCUCCUGCACCUUAGUUUUGCUUGUGUUUUUCUCUUGGACACCGUGUUUGUAUUCUAUUUUUGGCUUGGCACUGGAGAAAUAGGAAUAAUCAGUUACUACUCUUUGUUUACUAUGACAUUACUGAUCGUUUCCUAGAUUUCCACAUCAGCUCCAGUGCAAGAGUUAGAUAAUGUCUUUGAGGCUCCUCUGCUUUCAAAUCGAGACUAAAGUUUUAGUUGAUUUCUUUCUUUUGGUGUUGAAAAACUGUUUAAAAGUGUAAAUAUUUUUCUGAUGCAUGUAAAAACUUGGUAAGAAUAUGUCAGCAAAUACACAGGCAAACUAUAUGAAAGUUUGAAUGAGAUUUCAGACUAUCAAAACUAUUCUUUAUUUAUUAUUAAGAUAUUCAGAUAUUUCUAAUGUUUCUCCUGCUUGUUUUUCAAUUGACAUUUCUAAAAGUAUAAAUGAAAUCUGUCCCACUUUGUGAUAGAUGCAGUCAUGAGAAAUAAAGAGGAAACACAUAACUGUAUUUGAUAUCCAACUAUAUAACCAGAAAGUAUUGUUUGAUACAUUUGUUCUGUCUUAUAAUUUAUGAUUUUAGAAAAUAUAAGCUCUUAGAAGAAAGAGUCCAUGAUUCCGAAGGAUUUUGUAUAAGACUCUCUAUGAUAUGCCAUCAAAUCCUAGUAUUUUUCAAGUUGGAAAUAACCUUGCAGCUAGUAGUUAAAACUACCUCCCCCAAACAUUUCACAAAUGAGGCAGUAAAGCUUUUAGAUAAAGUGCCUCCCCAUACACUUAAAAUAGAAUUUCAUUUAUAGAAAUUAAUUAGUAUACAUUUGGCAGGAUCAUGAUUACUGUGUAAAAGGCUAUUCAUGUGGUGUUAUCAUUGAACAGAGGCCGGAGUGUAAAGUAAAUGAACUUUGGAGUCGGACCAAUUGGGGUUCCAACUCCUGCUCUGACUCUCAUGUAGUAUCACAUGAAAGAGUACUUUAAAAUAGGAUGCUGUUAAAGAAUGCUUUAAAAAUGGGACAAUAAUAUUUUCCUCAUGGAGUAGUUAAGAUUAAAUGAUAUAAAUUGUAUAUAGCUUUUGACAUAUAGAGGAUGCUAAAGAAAUGUUUUAAAAAUUCUCUUUCCCAUUAAAAAAAUUAUUAAAUAAGAAACAAAGAUGAAUGUUGUAACUUUAGCAUUGGGGAAAUUAUUUGGGUUAAUUAUAUUAAAUAAACAUUUUGUCUAUAGGUAACAAUAUUUGUUACAUUACAGUUUACUGUGUAUUAAAACCAGAGGCUUUAUUGAUGGGGUAGAAUCAAGGCUUAAUUUUCUAAAUUUUUUGGUUACCCAAUUUGAAAAUAGUUGGUGGCAAAAGAAAUGAAAGGGAGUGUUUCUGUUAUCUACAUCUAAAGAAGUAAGUUUCUCGGAAUGUCAGUUCUUGGUGCAUUAGUUGCUUACAAUUUCUCAAGCUAAAGAAACAUAUUAAAUUCAGUAAUUGUCUGUUUCUUUUGGAUUAAACUCUUCUGCGCUGGCAAGGAAACUAAUAAAGUUACAAACCCCUUGCCAUUUUUCUUGCAGUUUGUCUUUUGUUUGAGAAGGUAUCAUACUGUUGCCAGUUCUCAGGCUCUGUGCACCUAUGCAGUACCUGGAGUAGAACAGAAAAAUUAUUAUGUCUGUGUUCCCUUGGGACUCAUUGGAAAUUGUACAGUGACAUCUUCUGGGAUUUAGUCUGGAUUGUGCAGACUGGUGCUUAAAAUGGAAGUCGAUAUUAAUGGAGAGUCUAGAAGUACCCUGACUACCCUGCCCUUCCCUGGGGUCGAGGCCAACUCCCCAGGAAAGUCAGAGGCAGAGAAGCCCCGCUGCUCCAGCACACCCUGCUCCCCAAUGCGGAGGACUGUGUCAGGCUACCAGAUCCUGCACAUGGACUCUAACUAUUUGGUUGGCUUCACAACUGGCGAGGAACUCCUGAAGUUAGCUCAGAAGUGCACAGGAGGUGAAGAGAGCAAGGCAGAAGCCAUGCCAUCCUUACGCUCCAAACAGCUAGAUGCAGGACUUGCCCGUUCCUCUCGUUUGUAUAAAACCAGAAGUAGGUACUACCAGCCAUAUGAGAUUCCAGCUGUCAAUGGCAGGAGGCGAAGGAGGAUGCCCAGCUCAGGAGACAAGUGCACUAAAUCUUUACCUUAUGAACCUUAUAAGGCCCUGCAUGGGCCUCUGCCUCUUUGUCUUCUUAAAGGUAAGAGGGCUCACUCCAAAUCUCUGGACUACCUCAAUCUAGAUAAAAUGAACAUCAAGGAGCCAGCUGACACAGAAGUGCUACAGUACCAGCUUCAACACCUAACCCUCCGAGGGGACCGUGUGUUUGCUAGGAAUAAUACAUGAAUGACUUGUAGAGAGUUUAAACCAGUUUAGUUCAGCCUAUGCUUGGCUAGAAAAAAACCCACUGCUGUACUCUGUACAUGACUCUUCACACUAUAGAUGGUUAUAUCAGCUAAGUGUUCCUGGAACAUAAAAAUUGUUUGGAUCAAAUUUUGAAUACAGGAAUGAAAUCACUUGGGGGGGGAUAUCAUUCUAGAGCACGCAACUGCAAAGAAAACAGAACGUUGACUGUUAGUUUGUAUAGCUUUUUAGCUAGGAAAAAAAGGCUCUGGUACAGUAAUUUCAUCUUUAUGAUUCUGACACUCAAAUUGGGAAUGUUAUCUGCUUGGUUGUUGCUGACUUGAUAUGAUUCAUUAGAAAUUUAUAUAUUAAGUACUCAAGUACUUCUUGAAUCUCUGUAUUUUACUAUAAAAUGUAUGUAAUGAUUUGUUUUAUGAAAUUUAGAACUUGAACAUUGCUGAAUUGGACCACUUUUAUUUUUAAAUAUUGAGUUUAAAUAUUUUAUAACUGGUUUUGCACUGAAAAAAAUUAACAUUUCAGAUUGACAAGAGAAUAAUCUUUCUUCACUUGCCUCAAUAAUAUUAUUGAGCAAUGAAUUUUUUAUUUCCGCAUGGAAAGUUAUUGAUCUCUAUGGCUGUAAAAUAUUUCUUUAUAGCGUUAUUAAAGUGUGUCUUAAUAAAAUUAAAUUUGGGAUACAAAGUAUUUAUUUUACAAUAGGUGGGGGGAAGCUUUUCCAGAAAGUUUCCAAUAUGAUGUUUUCAUAAGUUGAAAAAAACUCUCCUUAGUGCUUAUUUUCUACCUUAAAUUCACCUGGAACUUUAAAAUGGAAAGGAUUCUUUUAAUUGUGGAUUAUAGGCAUAAUACUGUUUGCAUCUGAAUUUUCUGUAAGUGAAUAAAACUUUAAUAGAGGAACUCAUUUUUACUAUCGAAUGAUUAAACUAAGUAUGAAGUGAUACCAUUCGGCAUGUCAUCAGGUCAUUCCAGUUUUAGCUCUGUGCAACACAAGCACUCAUUGAAAUUCCAGUUUCUAGGAUUAGUGUAGGAGCCUAACGUGCUUCUACAGUUUUAAUGGGUUAAUCCUGGAUUACUGAACAAUUUAUGUCAAUUGCACUGGUUUAAUGUUGCUAAAGAAAUAAUGCCCUGGCUUUAGUAACAAAUACAGCUCAACUAUUCUUGAAUAUAUUUUGAAAAAAAAUGUGUAUGUAACUUAUCUUUUGUAAACGUUUCUAUUUCUUUUUUCCCCCUUUUUUGACUCUUAAAGGUGCAAUUUAUUACUGAAUUGGCAUUUCUGGCAGCAUAGAACUGCUUACUUUUGAUUUUGAGGGCUGUGAGUUUCUUAGGUGUUAGUAAUCUUACUUAUAAAAUAAGAACACCUUUUAAUUAAUAAGUGGGUAAUUCCUGGUGCAAUUGUGAUUUUUCUUUAGCCAGAAUGAAUGGCAAACUAUUUAGAGCAAAGUAAGUAUUAGAAAACCCUAGGAACUCUUAAUCAAUGUUUAUUACACUUUUAGUAAGGCAAACUAUGUGAAAGAGCCUUGGGGAGGUUGGCCUUUAUCUUACUGAGUUGAUCAGAUUUCUCGUUGGUCUGGAAAUUUUUGGCUGUUGUAUAUUUUAACGUAAAUUGCACCUUUGUAACAUAUUGUAUUGACGAAUGAUCACUAAGAUUAGCUAUAUCUAUACAGUCAUUAGUUUGACAAGAAAUAGAAUCCUGUCAGAUGCCAAAGAGUGGGAUUUUUACGUUUAAUGAUUAAACACCAUUAUUUAUUGACAAUUUACCCUGUGGAACUGUAUUAUUUCUAACUAUGAAAUAAAGGGGUGAUGUAAACACA